UAUAGAUCGUAUUUAAAGAGCCCCUGGGAGUCUCCGGAGCGGCCUGAGUGCGGCCUGUAAGGGAGAGAUAUGCAGCUGUGACCGGUCGGGCCUUGGAAGUAGACGUUUUUGAAAAAUGACGGAAUAUAAGCUAGUAGUGGUCGGAGCUGGAGGCGUUGGGAAGAGUGCUUUGACAAUACAACUAAUUCAGAAUCAUUUUGUCGAUGAAUAUGAUCCCACCAUAGAGGACUCUUAUAGAAAACAAGUGGUUAUUGAUGGGGAGACCUGCCUACUGGAUAUCCUGGACACAGCGGGUCAAGAGGAGUAUAGUGCAAUGAGAGACCAGUACAUGCGGACGGGGGAGGGUUUCCUCUGCGUCUUUGCAAUUAAUAACACUAAAUCAUUUGAGGACAUUCAUCAUUAUAGAGAACAGAUAAAAAGAGUAAAAGAUUCAGAGGACGUACCAAUGGUUUUAGUCGGCAACAAAUGUGACUUACCUUCCAGAACGGUAGACACCAAGCAAGCUCAGGACUUGGCGCGGAGCUAUGGAAUUCCUUUUAUUGAGACAUCUGCAAAAACCAGACAGGGAGUUGAUGACGCCUUUUACACUUUAGUACGAGAAAUCCGAAAGCACAAAGAGAAGAUGAGCAAGGAAGGCAAAAAGAAGAAGAAAAAGUCCAAGUCGAAGUGCGUCAUUCUGUGAAUACAUGCCAGAGGCGAAUCCUAUUGUACAUUUUACACUAAAUUAUUAGCAUUUGUUUUUUUCUGGUUUUAUUUUACGGGACUUGUGGCUACUGCUUAACUGUUUGCAUCUCUGCCUAGUGUGCCAGUACUUUUGUGGUGGAAGCGCCUGUGAGACUCCUGGAGCCGGCUUUUGUGCAUGUAGCAAUUGAUGUUUCAUGAUGUGCGCCAUUCGAUCUCCACAUCCUGUUGUCUUGCCACUUUCCCUUCUUGAAAACCCUACUGCAUGAUUUAAGGCACGUAAAACUAAGGAUUGACUCUUUCCUGGUACUUUUUUUUUUUUUUUUCUUUUUUCCCCUCUGAACAGUUCUACCAUUUAGAUGGAGGAAUACUCUAAACUGGUGACUCCACUAGAUCUACUUUUUUUUUUUUUUUUUCUUUAAAGCCACAUCCCUACAACUUCUGAACUCUUUUUGAGAGCUUUCAAUGUAACUUAACCUGCUCAGCUAAAACCUUCUACCCACAAUGUGACAAAAUGGUGCUAACAGCCGUCUUUGAAGCUAUGUGGAUUGUGCAUUACAUGUUCACCAAAUUGGAGGUGAAGAAUCUUUGUUCCUGGAAGGUUGGACAUCUUGGACUUCACUUUAUUUUUCUUCGUCCCCCCCCCCCCCCCCCCCCCCAUGAUUGGGAUAAUGCUGUGUUAGACUAAAGAAAUUGCAGCAUAUUUUUAGCCAAAAUAAAGAAAAGUUAACUCCAGCACAUUUUCCAAUAAUGAACCAGCAUUGUUGGAAGGUCUCUAGACAACCAUUUGAUUACAAGUUAAGGCAAUUCAAUGGUACCUGGAGGAGAUUCGGGAAAUCUAAUGACCUCUCAUUCUACAUCUGCUAGCAAUGUUUCUGGUCAUUCAUGUUGCAUUUAUUUCAACUUGAGCUAUUUAAUGGUCCAAGACCUUUCUCAUGACCAUAUGGUAGAAUUUUGGGGUGUUCUACACACGAAAAUCUCAUUCACCACAAAUGUACAGCUCGGUUUUCAAAAGGGGUUGGUCCUGUGUAUGUGAAGCAGAGUGAAAUCUGCUCUUCUUGGGCCAACAUAAGGUCUAGGGUGACUUGCAGUGAAAAAAAACUAAUUGCAAUUUUAGGGGUUUGGACUUGAUGUUGCAGAAUAAAAAAAAAUACAGAAGAUUUCUCCAUGCAUGUUAAAUGGCACAGAUGGACCAAUCUCCCCUGCCAGCUAUUGUAUCCUAACAGCCGACUCCAGUGCCUGUCGGAUACUGGAACACUGCCUACAACUGAUUGGAUGCAGGUGCUGUUUGGCUCCUUGCAAUCUUUCCAUCAUUGCAGAUUGUUUGUACCAAGUACCGCUACGAUUACUUCUGGAUAAAAUGUGAGGAUAAGAUGCUGGGUUAGAUUACCAAAAGGCAAUAUCUAUUUCCCCCUUAUCAGAGCAAAGAACAAAAUGGGGACACUGCAGUUUCACUUCUGGGUGUUUUGAUAGUCUGAAUUUUGCAAAACUAUUCAGCCAAAGGGGGGGGCAGCAUGGCAUCUGUCAAACGGCACAGUUGAGUUCUGGACUACCCUGUCGACUAUGCUGCAGUUAAGCAAUGCAAUCUGGUUUUGGACCAGCUUGUGAUUGGAUGAUGAAUUAAUAGGUCCCUGAGAGCCUGAAGUAGAGGCAAUGCUACAAAACAAUCAAUUCUGCUGUGCAGGGAAUUGCAAAACUUCACUAUUAAAGUAGUACUAAACCCUCAGCAUUUUUAGCUUAACUUAUUGAGCAUAAUGAAACAUUCCCCAGAAAAUGUAACUUUUUUUUUUACCCCCAGCACUUGCAGUUUACAAUUUUUAAUGCUGCUCUGUUCUGCUUCCCUGAAAUUUUGGGAAGGAGCAGGAGAGCUGUGCCAUCCUAGGUUACAGGGCUGUGUUUCUAGUGAUAGUGUAAGGGGACAUAACUCCUAGUCCCUGCAUGCAAUCGUGGUGCAAUGCUAAGCUGAAAGAGAAAAGGGCCAUCCGGAAACAUGGGUUGGCUGUCAGUGGCACCAGCGUAACGUGGAACAGGCAAUGGUUAAAAGACAUAAUAAACAGCACCGUCAGAAAAGGAUUAAAUCGGUUACUGAAAGUGCCUAAAUGGGUUCAUGUUAAAUAUAUUAUUAAACCCUAUCUGGAAACCAAUUGAAGAUUAUUUUUUUUUUAUUUUUUUUUAAGAAAAGCAAAACUGAGUAAUUUUUCAUUGUGAUUUUUGGGCCCAGAGAUGUCUGCAUGGUGGCUGGGGCUGCUAAAAAAAAAUGAUUUUAAUUCUGCCAGAUAGUAAGCCUCAGCCAUGUGCUUUUGGUAGCCCGGACUAACAGUGGUUGCUUGUGCUGCACAUCCAUUUACAAAGCAGCUUUUGUUCUUUCAAUGAAUGCAGGGUGUGUAAAACAUGGGCUCUUCAUAUCAUCCUUUUAAAGAAUGCCUUCUAUCAGUGAAAACCUAUAAAAUAUGUUUUGUGACUGGAUGAGGUAGAGGGCGAGCAAAUGGCUAUCGGAGCUGAAGUUGUAAAUCUGAAUGGCCAAAAUUCAUGGCUGAUACAAGUAUUCAGCAGAAUAAAUCAAACACAUUCACUAUCCCCACCUGUAAUCUGGACCAAGGUGCUAAAGCAUUACAUGUUUUCUGGAUCGGUUACAAUGUAAUAUACCUCUUCACCUUACUUGUAUACCUGGGCAUAGUGACUGCCCUUUACAUCUAAGUGAACAUAUGCAUUUUUAAAGGUGCACAUCUUGCUACAGUUUUCUGUUGGAUGAUUGAGUGUUCUUUACCUUUUUGGCUAGUGCAGGCAUUUCAUGUGUGUUCAGAGUCCCAGGAUGGUGUUAAAUUGUUAUAAUCCUCUUCCCCAAGUAUUCAUUAAUGAUUGACACUCAGAAAUCUCCCUGUGAGGUGCCAUUGGGACACAUUCACUAGUAUGAGCCAAGUCGCAGCCAUCCUGGAAGAGGCUGCAUCCAAGGGAAUGUGUUUUACUUUUUUGCUCCGAUUUCUUAAACGGUCCCCUUCUGAAAAACACCUCGGUGCUGGCAAUACAGAGAAAAAAAUUGCAAUGUUUGUGGAGCCUAAAUGUAGAUGACGACUCUGUGUGUGGUUGUGUUUUUGUUUGUUUUUUUGUUUUUUUUUUUAAAUGUACUAUAAUGAAAUUCUUCCUUACGAAGCUUGGGCUACUCUCAUGUAGCUGGUAAUCCAGGACUACCUCAGUAAUAUUGUGACUGGUUUGUAGAGAUGUCCGAUUGCGCGUGUGUGUCUCCUCCCCACUCUCGCCAUCCAGUUCGCUUUUUGAACAGUGCCACCUCUGUAUUAGAAGUGGUUUUUCUGCUGCUCAGUUUGGCCUGGUUUAAAUUAGGCUUUUCAGCAAAAAUGACAGAGGCAAAGGAGUAUUGGAUACAAGAAGUCAUCAUGGAAGCCAUACUUGGUUUGGGAAUUUUAAAAACCAAACAAAAUUUUUUUUUAUAUAUUUUGAUUUAUUUUUUUGGAAAAGAAGCACACGUUAUCUUGCAUGUAAGCUGGCUGCAUACUGGUCUACUGAGAUCAAAAAAUGUUAAUUUGCAAAAUUCCAUGCGAGUACUAUAAAGCAAAUGUCAUUGUAAAAAAAAAAAAAACGCCUGUUGUGCCUGAAUAACUUUGUCUCUGACUUAACACUGCUGGGGGUGGAUUUGGGUCAUUUUAAUUGGUUGCUGCUCCAGCUUCUGCCUGCUCCAAUCAGAUUCUAGCAUCAGUUAAGCUUUGAAAAUUAACAGUAGUUGAUUGGUUGCCAUGCACAGCUGCUCCAGAUUCUGACUGCUCCAAGACUAGUAAAUUCCUCUCAGAAUUCCAAAAGUCAUUCCCUGGAAUUCCUAAAGAUUGGAGCAGACAGAUUUUGAGAAGGGUUUCGCAUGCAUUCUAAAAGUGUCACAGCAGGCACCAAAUUCAUAUACCUGUCUAGAACUUGUACUUGACUUUGGCUCGUGCUGUGCCACUUUCAUGUACAAACCGUUUUUAUUAGCACAAAAAUGGUACAGAUAAAGCAUUUAUUGCAGGAGAUGUCUGAACAUAUUCUGGUAAAAUUGUCAUAUAUGCCUGACAUCCCAUGUACCGUAAUCUGUGUGGUUAGUCACAUAUACCAAUAAGACAAUCAAAAUGUAUAUGGUACAUCUUGUAUAUGCUGUGCCACUUUUAAGAAAGACAUACGAGACACUUUUCCAAAAUCUGCCUGCGCCAGGGUCUCUCUCUUUACGCCAAUAGUUUUAGCUUAAAUGACUACAAACCGUUUUUUUUUUGUUAUUUUUUGCGUGGGCAUUGCACCACAAUGCAAAAGUGGCACAGUUUGGAACUACCUGAAUAUGGAACAUAAGUUGCAGUCAACAUCAAGUGUUGCAGAUGCUUCAUGAACUUGCUGCAACACAAUAACAAGAGGAAUUGCACCUGAAGAGUGGCAUGUCCGCUUUAUUGCAUUCCCCCCCCCCCCAUAGUGUCAGCCCUGCGUUCCUAAUUUCUGAGGAUUGCAAAACACAAAGACCCCCUCAUCUUCAUAAAGGAACAGUUAUUUGCUCACAAAAUGUCUUGCAGAAUCAGCAGGUAUUUUUUAUUUUGCACGGGUAUAACAAAACUGUUAGGGCUGGGCUGUAUAUUUUACCAGACCAACAAAAAAAACGCAAAUGAGAGAAUUUCAUAAUUUUGAGUACUGCAUUUUUAUGCGGGGUGGGGGGGGGGUAGGUAAUCUGUCAAUUGUACUCUGCAAUAAUUUUGGGCUUGGUCCAUUACAUAUCUGUACCUGAUUCUGUUCUGCAGAUAUUGAGACAGACCAUGCAAGCACAUUUGUACAAAUCUUUCAAAGCAAAUAUGAAGUGUAAACUUUGGUUACAGAAUUUUUGGUAUGGACCACAGGAUGCUGCUGUAGGAUAUAUCAUUAUAUUUUUUCUUUUCCUCUUGACCUUUAAGGAUGACUAAAAUGGGUCUUGUUU